CACUGGGGUGGUCUUAAUUAAAUAACACAAGCAAAAAAAUCGAAUAACAAAGGUUUCUAUUGAGACGAACCAGUAACAGCAGCGUCAGCAGAUUGCUGAGAAGAGGAUCCUGAUUGUGCACCAAACACAGAGUCAGGUGAUGGAGCAGAGACUGAGCUUGUAGGAGGAGGAGGCUUAAUAAUGGGUACAUAUACAUACAAAACAGAAACAUCAAAGCUCAGAGAUAUUUCUCAUCAAGUAAACACCUUUGGCGGUUAUCACUCACUCCGUUUGUCAAAAUAUGCAUAACAUACAUCAAAUGAAACUAACGGAGCUAAACAAAACUAUUUAUUAUCCCAACGAAAAGCCCACCGUUAACCUCUUCCCCACUCUCUCGCUCUCUCUCUAUAAAUACCUGAAUCUUUAAAAAGAAGAUACAAACAAACUUUUCGAUCGAGAGAGAGCGAGAGAGAAGUAGAGAACGUACGUGGAGAAAGAAUCACGAACGCGACUCAUCGUCUCCACUCACCUCAAAGGCUCUGACCAUGGAAGAGAUCGGCAGCUUCGUUAGUAUUAUCCGCACCGAUGAAGCAAGGAUUGAAGGAAUCCUUGGUGAGGUUGAUCUCCCGAACCAGAGAAUCGUUGUCAAGAACGCAAGGAACUUCGGAAGUGAAGGAAGAAAGCUUCGCGGAGCUCAGAUCCCACCAUCAUUAUUCAAGGGUGGAUGCACAACACUAGGAUCACGUCAGAUCAAGGACAUGGAGAUCAUUUUGCUUUCACCUCAGGAGAAACUUCCCAUCUCUUUCUCAGCGCAGGACUGGAGCAAGGAACACGGUGGAUGGACCUUCCUUCUCCGAGAUCGUUAAGGGGGAGAAGAACUAGGGUUUUAAUUAAUUCGUUGAGGAUAUUAAACACCUUUUGAACUUUGUAACUCUAACCAAAGUUAUCAAAGUUCUUUAUUCUCACAGAUUAAAGCUUUUCUAUAUUUCGUGUGUCGAGUUUUUUUGGUCUAAAUCUAGGUUUGUGAUUUUUUAUGUUUAUGUGUAUGCAUGCUUGACUGUUUUAGCUGAAUCUUUUUAGAUUCUUUGCAAGGAACAAUCUAUUAUACCGAAUGCAUUGUAUUACUGGAUAUAAGAAGCCACUCAAAUGAUACAUAGCGCAGCUGUUUAUAAUCUAUGAUUUUUUUUUUUUUUUGUUCCCAAAUUAAAAUUCAUUCAUAACUGAAAUACGGUAGUUCAUACAUAAGCUGGCGGAUAAAAGACAUCCCCAGAAACAAGAGCCCACAGAACAGGCAGCUAGAACCCACACCGGGGCAACUUUCGAUCACAACUUAAACAAGGCAAAGAAACUAGAAACCACACUAAGAAAUAGCAAACUACAAACAACUACAGAGGAACAUAAGACCAACCAGUGCAGAACACCUUUGAAGUAGCAGAAACCAAUGAUCUGGAUAUAUCAAUGCUGCCCACGGCACGCCAUAAGAUAUCAUCCACUUGUAGAACCCAAGACUCCACGUCUUCUCACACUGGAUCUAUCGCUGCCGCCUAUGGCCUGCCAAACGAUACCAUCCCCACUCGUAACCAAGAACCAAGACUUCGCAACCCGACGAGAGAGAUCGCUUCACGACCCAUACAACUCUCGGAUACGGCAUGAACGCAUUCUCUGGCGUUCACUCUACACCUAGAAGCCCACAGCAAACCUCCACACAACCAAGCUUCGACGAUCGAAUCCCAUUACCCAGAUAAGCAAUACAACCCAAACCGAAGAAAGAUCACGGCACCCACCACAACCCAAAGAAAAUUCUGCAACUGACAAAGUCAACCCCAAACCAAGAGACUAGGCCAGAUUAAGAUAGCCAAACCAUUAAAUUCUAAAAACACGGACAAGAGAAUACAAUCUAACCAGAAAUGGGUUACCAUCCUUCGGUUAUCUAGCCAUGAUUAUUCAAAAAUGCCUAGUAUUAGUCUCCUUAAAAUCAGAUUGGAACAUCGGACCAACACUACUUCACCUUUGGGCGCAAGACCUGACUAUAAUCAUCACCAUCAGACUGAAUGCUUCACUCAUUAGCCAUAA